CCAAACUCCUUCCGCUUUCUCCUGGCUGAGAACUUGAGCAGUCGCCGAAUCCACGGCGGCGCAUGCGCACGGUAGGUAGACCGUCCAGAGGCUUCUGAAAAGAUGCUGUUGGCUAGGCUGUGGCUUGAGUGGCGCGGACCUCAGGCGGCGAGGGUCUUGGGUAAGAACCUUGGAGUCAGAAAGGUUACCUCUGGCAUCUCUUCGCCGGGCAGCGCGUCGUCCAGAGCCCUAAAUAUUUUCGACCGGGGUUUGAAGAGGAAGCAGAAGAACUGGGCGGCCCGGCAGCCCGACCCUACGAAGUUUGACUAUGUGAGGGAGGAGGUUGGCAGCAGGAUUGCAGACCGUGUAUAUGAUAUAGCCAGGGAUUUUCCCCUUGCUUUGGAUGUCGGUUGUGGAAGAGGUUAUAUAGCACAAUAUUUGAAUAAGGAAACUGUUGGAAAGUUUUUCCAAGCAGACAUAGCAGAAAAUACUUUGAAAAAUACCUUAGAAACGGAAAUUCCUACUGUCACUGUUUUAGCUGAUGAAGAAUUCCUUCCUUUCAGAGAAAAUACAUUUGACCUGGUGGUUAGCAGUUUAAGUUUGCACUGGGUGAAUGACCUUCCUGGAGCACUUGAACAGAUUCAUUAUGUUUUAAAACCAGAUGGCGUUUUUAUUGGUGCAAUGUUUGGAGGCGACACUCUCUAUGAACUUCGGUGUUCACUACAGUUAGCAGAAACGGAGAGGGAAGGAGGAUUUUCUCCACACGUGUCUCCUUUCACUGCUGUCAAUGACCUAGGACAUUUGCUGGGGAGAGCUGGCUUUAAUACACUGACUGUGGAUACUGAUGAAAUUCAAGUUAACUAUCCUGGAAUGUUUGAAUUAAUGGAAGAUUUACAAGAAAAAUGUCGAUUUUACACAGCAAGUUGUGUAAUAUCAGCAGUGAGUGCACGAAAAGUUGUGGAGGCUUUCACAGUAGUUUUAAGUGUAUUUUUAGGUAUGGGUGAGAGCAACUGCGCGUGGAAUAGAAAAGCUCUCCUGCACCGGGACACGAUGCUGGCAGCUGCAGCUGUGUACAGAGAAAUGUACAGAAAUGAGGAUGGUUCGGUACCUGCCACAUAUCAGAUCUAUUACAUGAUAGGAUGGAAAUAUCAUGAUUCACAGGCAAGACCGGCUGAAAGAGGUUCUGCAACUGUGUCAUUUGGAGAGCUAGGAAAAAUAAACAAUCUUAUGUCACAGGGGAAAAAAUCACAAUAAAUAUUUUAUUCAUUGUUAA